AUGUGUAAAGUCCAAAUGCUGAGAGCGUUGGUGAACCAGCGGCUGACUGCGGCUGUGGAAGAAAUAUUUGUAGUGUUAGAAAGAACGAUAGCAGAGUACGAGGAGGAACUUUCUCGAACAAGAGAGGAGAACGAGCGACAACGUCAGCUGCUGGACGCUGUAAUCAAGAGAGCUCAAACUGAGUCACACACAGCAGACUUACGUGAAGAAGAUGUUCCUCCUGAGCAGCCCCCCCACAUUAAAGAGGAGGAGGAAACGUGGACUCAGGAGGAGGCUGACACGUUUCCAGUUACUCGUGUGAUUGUGAAGAGCGAAGAUGACGAAGAUGAAGCGCCGCUUGAUCACAGCGAGGAGACGAGAAGAUCAGAAGCAGACACCUUCAUAGCGCCGCUCUCAGAUAGCGACGACACGUCACUCAUGCCUGAGACUGAUGAUGAAGACGCUGAAGCUGACAUGACACGUCACACGGACAGCAAACACUUCAAAUGCACUCACUGUGACAAAACGUUUGUCUACAAGCGGAAUUUGAAGAGACACAUGAGGUGUCACAAUGAAGACAAACACUUUAAGUGUUGUCAGUGUGAUAAAAGUUUUGACGACAAGGCACACCUUGCAAGACAUGUGAGAAGUCACACGGGAGAAAAACCUUUCAGCUGCUCGGUUUGUGGCGAGAGGUUCACCCUUAAAGGCAAUUUGAUGAGACACACCAAAAGGCACAGCGGAGAAAAAAGCUUCUCAUGUUCCGUUUGUUGUCAGUCAUUUUCUUCUAAAUCUAAUUUGAUGGCCCAUAGCAGGACACACACAGGAGAGAAACCCUUUUCCUGUUCCUUCUGCAAUGCAAGCUUUAGUGGUCGUCCAGCUUUGGCUCAACACACGAGAACACACACUGGUGAGAAACCUUUUUCCUGCUCCGUCUGUAGUAAAAGGUUCUCUCAAAGGGCGCAUUUGACAGCGCACACGAGAACGCACACUGGAGAGAGACCGUUUUUUUGUUCAGUGUGCAACAUGACUUUUGGUGUCAGUUCGACGCUGAUUCAGCACAUGAAAACGCACACCAACGACAAGCCGUUUUCCUGCUCCGUUUGUAGCAAAACCUUCUCUCGAAAGAGAAGUUUGACAGCACACACGAGAACACACACUGGAGAGAAACUGUUUUCAUGCUCUGUGUGUCACGAGAGCUUUAGUGCUCGGUCGACUUUGGUUAACCACAAGAGAACGCACACGGGUGAGAAACCGUUCUCCUGCUCGUUCUGCGGGAACAAAUUCUCUCAAAAGGCCCAUAUAGUAACGCACAUGCGCACGCACACUGGAGAAAAACCCUUCUCCUGCACAGUGUGCGGUCAAACAUUCUCUCUAAAAGGCACCCUGAUGAAACACACAAGGAAACACACUGGAGAAAAGCCAUUUUCCUGUUCAGUCUGUCACUUAAAUUUUGGUGUCAGUUCCACUCUGAUUCGUCACAUGAGAACACACACCGGUGAGAAACCUUUUGCGUGCUCAGUUUGCGGCAAAACGUUCUCUCUGAAAAGCACUCUGGUGAUACACGCAAGGAAACACACUGGAGAGAAAGCCUUCAGUUGCAAUGUGUGUCAUGAUAAAUUCUCUUCCAAGAGUCAGCUGAACAAACACGCGUGUGCUGGUCAGAGCAGCAGCAGUCGAGCACUUUUUACUGCCUAGGGAUGACUUUUUAUUGUGUUGUGCAUGCGCUUUCGUGGCUGACGCUCGUAACCAACACUUCCUCUAGUGAUGAACAUGUCUUACCCAAGGGCACACGUGACAUCAAAUAAAACACAAGUCCUCACAGUGUGAGUGUGCUAUUCAUCCGUUCAUUUUCAUCCACUCAUCCAGCAAGACUGGCCUGACACUUCCGCUUCCACCAGGGGACGCUGAGUUUUAGUAGCAUCAUAUUAUUAAAAAUAUAGUCAAGCGACGUAAUAUAGUCAUAAUAUUAUGACAAUCAAAACAGCAAAUCAAGUAAAUUCUGGAAAAUU